CACGAGUUUAGGCAACGAUAUCUCAAUCCACGUGAAGGGAUAAGGAAAUCGAGUAAAUCAUGUCGAUGAUGACUGUGGAGAGAGGGAACAGAAACGAGACCUGGAAGGAAGGGGCAUGCUGUAUAAAUAUCGCCACGACCAGCGAGAUAAGGAUUUUAAUGAAGUGCGAGGAGACGCGGCGCGCGAAAUGACGGCCAUCGGGAAGGAAGACGACGCCGACGUCGUCGAGAAAACGUCGCGGAAGACCACCGUGACGUCCCCGAUCCUGCAACAGAGCUGUAUAUUCGGGAUCAGGCACUUGCAGGUACUGCUGCUCUUCCUAGGCAUGACCAUCGGGUAUAGUCUCAGGGUUGGGAUGUCAGUGGCCGUGGUACCGAUGGCGAACGCGAGUUCCGCGAAUCCAGAUAUCGAGGAUUACGGUUGGAGUAAACAGGAGAAGGAUUUGGUACUUAGCUCGUUCUUCUGGGGCUACGUGGUGACGCAAGUGCCUAGCGGCUACAUCGCCACCAUCUGGAGCGGCCAGAAGCUCCUCGCCAUCGGGAUGCUGAUCUGCGGGAUUUUCAAAGUCUUAACGCCGAUCGUCGCCUCAUGGGGUCUGUGGGCCGUCCUGGUUUGCAGGGUAGGCAUGGGUCUCACUCAGGCUUGCCUAUUACCUUGCAUCCAAACCCUCCUCUCCAAGUGGGCGCCGCCCGCUGAGAGAGCACGCCUGGGAACAUUCGCAUAUGCGGGCGGCCAGUUCGGUACGGUGAUUACUAUGCCAAUUGCUGGACUUCUCGCUGCAUCGAGUGUUGGUUGGCCCAGUAUCUUUUACCUAUUUGGCGCAUUAGCGAUCAUUUGGGGCAUAGUGUUCUUUUUCUUUGGAGCGGACACGCCGUCCGAUCAUCGCAGUAUUUCCCAAGAAGAGAGGAUGUAUAUAGAAGAAAGUUUGAGGACAACUGAAACGAAAAAUGAUGACGAAGUUACGCAGAAGAUCAAAACACCAUGGAAGGAGAUCUUUACCUCGGUACCUAUGUGGGCUCUUAUAAUAGCCCACUGUGGCCAAAAUUGGGGCUAUUGGACCCUAUUAACGGAAAUACCAAGUUACAUGACAGGCGUGUUGAAUUAUAAAGUCGAAGCGGGCGGUGCAAUUUCUGCCUUGCCAUACUUGGUGAUGUGGAUUCUUAGCUUUCCCAUGAGUUGGUUAUCUGACUACGCGUUGGAAAAAGGUUCGUCCAGAGCUACAGUGAGAAAAGUUUCCAACACGGUGGCCCAUUGGGGUCCAGCUAUCGCUCUGGCAUGUAUGAGUACCGUACCCAGCGAGAAUGGUGAUGCCGUGGCCAUCACCAUCCUCGUUCUGGCAGUAGGUCUGAACGCUGGAUCUUUAUGCGGCUUCCAAAUCAAUCAUAUUGAUCUCAGCCCAAACUUCGCCGGGACCAUGAUGUCCAUCACUAAUUGCUUCGCCACUGUUACUUCCAUUAUCGCGCCGCUAAUAUGUGGCGUGAUCGUCUCCGAUGAGAGUAGCGUGUAUCAGUGGAACAUCGUGUUCUAUGUCUCAGCGGCGAUCUACUUUCUGGGUAAUUUGGUGUUCAUAAUAUUUGGUAAGGGCGAGAUACAAUGGUGGAAUGACCUAGAGGCACGAAAGCAGAAACCAGACGAAGAGAAUGAAACGCAGACCUGAAAUUUAAUGAAAUUAAUUUUGAUACUCUUGAAUUUUUGUAACUUGCCAUAGGACUAAUGUGCGACCAGUGUGAUUUAAAAUUAGUCUGUAAGCCCGAAGUUAGGACUGUAGCUGAUUUAUAUUAAAUUUAAUUUUAAAUGUACUUCUUAAAAUCGAAAUUAUGAGUACUAUAAAGUCGUUAUUUAUUGUUUCAUCGACGAAUUACUGUAUAUAUGUGUUACACCGGUGUGUUCACUGCCCAUUUCUUUCAUUCAUUAAUAUUAAAAUUGUUAUACUUCAUCAAUAAGUAAAA